AUGGAUACGACGUUCUCAGGGGGUUCGGCACCCUCAUCUUCUAAGUUCUGUGGAAGACUCCCCGUACUAUUGCUAGUUGUCUGUGCUUUCAUCCCGGAGCUCACUGUAGCUGUGGAUAUUCGGAAUCAAACGGUGGAAUACUACAAAUCCGAGACCGAGUAUCGGAUUCAAGACGAUAUUCUGGUCGGAGCGGGUGGAAUCGUUAUAGUGCAUCCCGGAGUAACGCUGCGCUUCGAGCCGGGCAUCGGAAUCACCGUUAAGGAAGGCGGAGUACUCAUCGCAAACGGAACUCACGAGGAUCCCAUUCUCUUCACGACGCAGUCGGACCCACUGACGGCGUUUUCAUCUUUAGAGACGAAACGCUGGUCCGAUCUUCGACUUGUCGACGGCGAUCGACCGAACGAAGGUCGAUUGCAGAUAAGAUACAAAAACGAGUGGAGAUCCGUUUGCACGAAUUCUCGAAACUGGACCCAAGUCGAUCUCGGAGUAGUAUGCCGACAGAUAGGAUUCGGCGGGGGCGGCCAAAUAUAUCGAUGGUUCGAAAAGUAUAAUCACACGGAGCAGCUUUCCCUGUGGCAACCGAACUGCAGGGGAGACGAGCCUCAGCUGCAGUCGUGCGGUGGCUGGGAUAAUCGCCUCCUCGGCAGCGGGAUUUGUGAUUAUCACCUCGACAUCGGUAUCCAAUGCUCUUUGAAACUGGGCGUCGAAGCGGCGAAAAACUGGCGCGGGAUUUCUUUCCUCAGAGCUCGAGCAUCGAGACGCAAGAGAUUCUCCAACCGAGUCGAAAGACUCAUCUCAAAAUCGAUUCUUCGCAACGUGACAAUCCGUUCCGCUGGUCGCGAUCGAUUUGGGGAAGCUGUUCCAGCGCUCCAAGUCAUAGGAAACCCGCCGGUCAUGCAAGGCUUACGCGUUGAGGGCUCUGCGUUCACUGGCCUCAACGUGACUACGCCUGACGACUACUUUGUCGUCCAAGACUCAAAAUUUGUCAACAAUCGAGGCUACGGAAUCUUCGUGAACUCGAGUCGACUGCAAGUCCAUCUGCGCGGCGUCGAAGCGUCGUCUAAUGGAGCUGACGGAAUUCAUUACACGUAUCACGAGGCUCCCGUUUCUUCUUCUGAACAGUUUUGCUCUUCGCCCAUGGGAUCCGUCUUUCCCCAGAAAUUCGUGCAGACCAGCACAGAUGCGUCGCACGGUUGCACUCGGACGAUCACCAUUCCUCAGUUCCAAAGGAAUAAAGAUGAGGAAUUGACUUUGCUGUUCAAAGACUUCCGGAGAGUUUCCCUGGAUUGGGAUGAAAAACUAAAGGACUAUUUCAACCGGCACAGUCCCGAGUCCGCCGAUCCUACAGUGAGCGUUUAUGAUGGACCACGUCAGUACGAAGAGUUUCUUCUCGGAACAUUCGUCAUCAACAACGAUACCCGACCCCAUACUUUUUCCUCGAAACGAGGCUACAACGAGCUUACGGUGGUGCACAGAGCGGCAUCUCUGGUAGCCGUUACGUUCUCCCUCGAAGUUUAUCUGGAUCAGGGGAAAGUCCACGACGUCAACUGUACCAACUGCGAUAUCUCCAACAAUAACGGUCGAGGCGUCUGGGCACGCGAGAUCGUGUCAGGACUCGCCCUGCGCAAGUCGCGCGUAGCGAACAACGAUCACAUCGCUGGCGUCCACGUUCACAACGGGGUGGGCGACGUUAUCCUGAACAAGACCACAGUAGCGAACAAUAUCGGCGACGGUGUCAACGUGACGUACGCCGGCGGCUAUCGUCACGUGGAAGAAUGCGUAGUCGAAAAGAACACCAUGAACGGUGUCAUUAUGAACACGAACUACACGAGUCAGUACCUUUCGUUCAACCACACCGUCCAUGUGACUCGUUCGAGAAUUUUUGACAACGGGUUCGCAGGACUCUUCUUCGGGAACAACUGUCUCGCGGACGCGCUCUGGAACGUGUCGAUGUCCACGUUCAGCGGAAACGGCGACGCUGGUGUUUUCUACGAGUCUUGCCAUUUGACCAGCUCGAACAUCUCGCUGUACAUCACCCACAACAAAUUCUUCGCCUCGAAGUAUCUCGGCGUCAAGAUUAAGCCCAUCUACAACGUCUACGCCUUCGUAGAGAACAACCUGUUCCAGGACCAUCUGAAUGGGGCGCUUCUGAUUUCGAACCAGGACUCCGACUGGAGCUAUGCGAACCGGUCUGCAUACGCGAUCGUCAAGGAAAACUUGUUCCGCUCCAAUGAGGGAAGUUUCAUUGCCAAGGUCGGUGUCAUGCAGGACUCCACCGUGCAAGAAUUGCUCUUCAUCAAUAACGUCCUCGAACGGAAUCGUGCCACGGAACUCUUCCCCGGACUGAAACCACGCUCUCGAGUCGCUGCCGUGGUGGCGGUAGAAUCGAACAACACAAUGAUCUACCGGAAUAAAUUGUUCAACCCGGAUUCGAAAUACGAACUGGGGGUCCAUCUCGAGGACAGCUCCAAGAUCAUCAACGCCACCCUCAACUAUUGGAGCACUCCCGGUCGGGAUGAGGGAGAACAACACGCCAGACAAGUCUACCUGAAGAUCUUCGAUAGGAAAGACCGCUACAAUCUGGCGGCUGUCGAGUUCCUUCAGUACCUGUUGGUUCCGUACGAUCUCAACUCGAGAGACCAAAUCUCAUCGCGGUACGAUAGAGAACGCGUCAUGUCGUUCGACACCCAGGGCAACACCAACGAGAUCGGGGGUGAAAUCGCAGGCGAUUUCCAAAUCGGUCCCGGCGACUACCUGGUCAGGCGGGACAUCUACGUGAAGUCGAACGCCAAGCUCACAAUUCAUCCUCAGACGAAACUGCUAUUCGAGCAAUCGAUCGGUCUCAUGGUCCAGGGGGAACUGAGAGCCAUCGGUCACGCUCAGGAGAAAAUUCACUUCACCGCAUUCUCCGACCCGGUCGCUCACGAGAUUCCCUACGACGAAUCUUUGCCGCUGGGCUCGCCGAUAAGCCUCUCACAGGGAACCUACGGCCGGGUGGAAGUCGUCGUGAACGGCAGGAAGGGUGGAGUCUGUAGUCAUGGAUUCGGGAGACGCGAGGCCGCGGUCAUCUGCCAUCAGCUCGGUUUCAUCAUGUCCGACCGAGACUGGCAACUCGAAGAAAUCGACAUGCCCGACACUCCGAUACCCGCGGUUGUCUCCGAUGUCAGGUGUCGGGAGGAGGACAGGAACUUCUUCCUGUGUCGACACCGAGCCCUAGACGACGUUUUCGAAUCGAAUGCUUGCACGCAACUUGUCGGCAUCCGGUGUUUCAGAAGCUCUUGGUCCGGCAUUCGACUGGGUCCCGCGGCCCGUCGGUCCGCCAUCGAAUUCGCGGAGAUCUCGUCGGCGGGACAACUCGACUAUUCCACGCACAAGUUCAAGCCUGCCCUGCAGAUCGAUAUGAACAACCACGAAAUCAAGAAUGUCCGCAUCGACAACAACAUGGCGUCUGGUAUCGGUAUUACCUGGAACAAUAUUUUCGCCCAGAAAAGGAACCCCUCAAUCCAGAUGUGCACCAUCGAGGGCAACAACAAACACGGAAUCGAAACCCGGGCUCAAGGUGUAGAGUUGUCGAAGAAUACAAUCCAGAACAAUGAGGGCGCUGGAAUCUUCUAUAACCCAGUGCUCACGAGAAGCGAACAUCUUGAGAUGCGGCAGUGGACUCCGACGGAGCUGAGUGUCUCGAUCCCUCCCGCCGAUCGACGGCCUCAAACAGUGUUCUUGGAGCAGGACCAGGCGAAAUUUUUAAUUUUGGGAACCACCGAACCCAACGUGGAAUUCGAAUUCGAGAUCAAAUGCAGAGACAGCUUGUCGAUCGGGAUUCUUGUCAUCAGUCCGUUCCAACUGGAGUCUACAGAAAACGUGACAUUCAGCAAGGGACGUCGAGGCUCGAUCAGGGAAUGGCAUGAGACGUGGGAUCUGAAGCGCAACUUGACUUCGUUCCCGCUGCGUGAAGCCGGCUAUGUCGUGGCUGCAAGAUACUCCAGCGGUCCGAACCCUGUUGGGGGCGCUGUUAUCUACCUGCAUCCAUCAAAUCCUCUGGGUAUGGCCACGUACUACGGCUGGUUGGAGUAUAUACCCUCGAUUCAAAUCCUUGGGAACACUCUGGAAAACAACCUGCAUGCGUUCUGGAGUUCGCAUUUCAACCGAGAUCAAGGACAGGAUGGCGAGUUCUACAAUCGAUACUCAAACGAAACGAUUUACUUCGCCAAGAACAUCCUCAAAGGCUCGAGAAAACAGAGCGUCUACGUUUCGACACCGCACUGGGAUCCCCUUAGGCAUCAACUGGCAGAAAUCAACUAUACCCUUAUCGACAACAACAUUUCAAAGAACUUCGGCGGUAUAUCGCAAUAUUCACGGGACAUCCGCUCAUCGAACAAUCUCUACCACUGGACCUUUGCAAACUGCACCAUCACCGAGAACCAAGGCGGUAUCCAGCUGCGCUUGCCUUACGUUCUGCAGUACAACGAGAACUUUACCCAUUCGAUCGUCUUCGAGAACAACUAUUAUCGAGACAAUAAAUGCGGAAUCCACCUUGACGGACACUUCGCUCGAGUCAAUAUCACCUCCAACAGUCUGACCGGGAACGAAUGCUCUAAGGGGGUAUUCACCAUCAGCGGCAUGGAAAAGGAAUUACUGAUCGCAGAAAACGUCAUGGAGCGAAACACCGCUCGCUAUGCUUUCGAGAUCAAUAUGCAAUCCCACUCGGAAGAAUUCAGUCAGGUGCCUGCAAACUUCUUCGGGAAUAUCAUCCGGGACACCGCGCCUUUCUCGACGGGGAAAUACUCCAUUCAGACUGAUGGCGUCGCAUACCAACCGAAGAGCUACGCGCUCGCUCUGAAAGGCGUCCAGCAAUUCAACAUCUCGAGGAAUGUGUUCGAGAACCCUCUCAUGGAAUUCGAGUUCGUCGCUGGAAUAACCGCAUCGUCCAUCACGAACACGCUGAACGUGAAGUCCAAUUACUGGGGGACGCCGAGUGUUGCGAAAAUCCAGGAAAGAAUCUUCGAUUUCGACGAUUGGAACAGUUACGCCAUCGCGGAUUUCGUGCCCUUCCUAGGAUCUGCUAGCGCGACCGCUGUCCUCCUCUACGAAGAUCUCACUCGUUUGGUGGUGGAUAUCAAUAAGCCAUUGGGCGGGCGCCUGUACACGAACCUGACGCUGACCGAACGGGAUCGUCCUUAUGUUGUCAAGAGCGACCUGACUAUCAUGCCCGGAGCUACCCUGACAGUCACCGAUGGGGUAGUUGUUGAGGUCUAUCCCAGCGUCGGGAUCCUGGUCCUCGGCAACCUCAACGUGAUGGGUCGCGAUCGGAAUCCUGUGUUCUUCCAGCCGGCUCGGAACCUCUUGACCAAUCGUUACGUCCAGAAACGCCAAUCGAUCCUCCGCGAAUUUGACGAUCUGUCCGUCCGUCUCUGCACGGAUCAGGCUUGCGACGAUCUGAAGCGACGUGACGGCUUUGUCGAGGUUUUCAAUAAGACCACCCUGCAGUGGGUUCCGAUCUGUGACCCGCGUUUCACCGAACGCACAGCUCAGGUAGUCUGCUCGGCUUUGGGUCACAACCAAGUGAACGUCCAACUGCACCGGGGACCGCGUCUGGAUGUGGGAAUCAACGAAAUCUCGAGAGUUCGUUCGUGGACGCAUCCACUCGAAUGUACGGGAGAAGAGAACAGUCUCUCCGAAUGCGAGUGGCGACUCAACGGAUACGGUGUGAAAGACUAUUCGUGUACCUACCUCGGGGAGGACUUCGUUUACGUUCACUGUGGCGAUCUGAACCGAUUCCCCGACGAAGAAUACUGGGGCGGUAUCCGAUUCUCGGUUCCCGACAAUCUUGCCGAGUCCCAACGACUGCAGCAAGACCAUCUCGCGCGUUUCAGUCAAAGCUCAUCCUCGGUGCAGUUCGCAGUGAUACAGGGCGCGGGUAUCCUGCACAACGAGAAAGCGGCCGCUCUCCAGGUGGUACAGCGCAAGGUCACGGUGCAGCUGUGCAACAUCACCCAGAACGCCCACGUGGGAUUAGAGAUCAUCGCCUCUCCCGGAUUCCAGUUCGUACACGGCGUGAACUUUACGAACAACCUCGGUCCCGCGCUGAAUAUUCUCACUCUCCACGGUCAGACAAACGACCGGGACUCGAACUUCCUACCCCUGAAACGGAUCGAUAUACCCUACAAUAUAUUCGGUCUAGUGGACAUUUGUGACAGCAACAAAGAAUUCCACCUGAAAGGUCGCAUCUUGUUGUACUACAAGUACGACUCGAAACCGGUAGAUUGCAUCAAGAUCUUCCGGACCGACGUGGCGACAAUCGGUUUCCGGGUUCUUCAGUUCAAUCUCUUCAACGCGACCAAUUACUCUCCGAACCCCGAUAAUAUCGAACUGUACGACGGAGAUAUCUUCAAUUACACAUCACCCCUGCUCGGAACCCUGUAUCCGAAUCACGACCAGAGAGCUUUCUACGAAACUCGACUCGGUCGAACUCUGAGCGUCAGGCUCCAUGCGACAGGCGGCAGCGGCGAGAAUGGUUUCAUCGCCGAAGUUCUUCCGUUGCCCGCAAGGACUCUCGCCGGAAGAGAAAUCAUGCACAACGUGACCGCGUGCCACUUUCUGAACAAUGAACGUGGCGCGGUCGCUUACAGGUCUGCCGGGGAGAUCACUCCCACGAUCGGAAUUCGUUACAACAGGGUCGAGCAGAACGGGCAACAGCUGUUCGGAAACUUUAGCUCUGUCGAGGGGUCACUGUUCCUUGACGUCCAGAAUGUGUUGCAUCUCGACGUCAUAGAGAACACGGUGCUCGGGAAUCAGGGUGGACUCUUCGUAAGGAUCGAUUCGGACCAUUCGGUUUCCGCUGUGAAAGCUAUUGUUCGAAACAACCUGUUCUUCAAGAACUUCAACCGGGAAACGGUCGCCUUCCUGGGAGGCAAAGCGGGCUCCCUGCAACACGUCCACAUGUUCCGCAAUUACAUAUCGAAGAACCAAGCAGAGUUUUUCGAUAAUAUUGUGUUCUACAAGGUGUCGAUGAACUUCAGCGAGAACCUCGUUGUGGGGAACAGAGGCCGUCAUCAGCUCGCUGUGUACGGAUUCAAGAAACAACUUUCAAGCGAUCAACUGGCCUACAUGAACUAUAUCUGGGAUAAUGAAGCAACGCUGCCGGAAGAAAAAGCUACGAUUCUGGCAAUGUCGCCCGGUCAGAUCUACCGCCACAACUACCUCUUCAACAGGAUGAAUUAUUUCGAGCUGGUCGUCGCCAAUAGAUCUGUGAGCAUGGAUCAGGAAAGUCGAGACUACAUCUAUCAGCACCAGCCGCUCCACGAGAUCCGAAGGGAUCCAAUCUUUGUUGAUGCCACCAAUAAUUGGUGGGGCUUUAGUGAGCUCGUCUCGGUGUCAGGACGGAUCAAAGAUUCCCUUGACGAGCCGGAGCUGUUGAAGGUGCAAUUCGAGAGAUAUCUGUCUUCGAAUGCAUCUGUGAUAGACGGUCACUGCGUCGGGGGCUGGAAGAAAAUCGGGAAUACUUGCUUCCUCUUCGUUCCUGCCCGUAUGAAUUACCAAGAAGCGAAGAAAUUCUGUCAGGCUGAUGCCGCAUCUUUACCGUAUCUCAAGGGCCGGUAUGACAUCAUCGAAGAGUAUAUCCUGAGUAUUCAGGAUGACUUCGAUAUUCUCUAUGACAAGGUUUGGGUCCAGUCUAUCGAUGUUCCGUUGGACGAAUGCGCAGUGCUCUACAAACAGAGGAUCACGACAUACGAUUGUCAGGAAAGAUUACCAUUCCUAUGCGAAAGAACGCAAGAAAUUUUCAUUUCGCUGGGGGACCAGUGGUACGUGGACCCGUUGUCCAUCGCCGCGAUGUCGGUGCUGCUUAUCUUGCUCCUCGGUAUCGCGCUGUUCUCACUGUUCUGGUGCUGUAAAUCACACGAGAGGCAUUUGGAAAAGAUGGAGCGGCGAAACUCUAUAAGGGCAUCGAUACGUUCUAACCGAGGAUUUGAGUACCAGCGUUUUUUCUAACGGUAUCCACGUUCAUGUGCUUUGCAGGGAUCUUUGGAUUCCGUGACGAAACUCCCCUUCAGCACCCGAUCUCAACAGACUUUGGACUACAGCGACGUCGAUGAGUUAGAUGACAAGUUUGCUCAUGAUCCCCAACUAGAGAACGCCAACAUCGAUGAGCUGGUCAAACCUUCGUUCAACAUGACCUUCGAAAAUCAGGGUUAUCACGACCAGUCGAGGGACAGCAGGGACUGGUCACAGGGUACUGGGUCUACGUUGGACAUGAAAAGAGAGAUAGAAGCAGAGAGGCCGCGAGCCGGUGAACGAGGCAAGAUCUCACGGGAUCACAAUACGUUCACGGCGCCCGCCUACGAGAUGAAGACUACUCCCGUGCACAAACCACCGAUCCAUGAGUCCACGCAGAAACUCCCUCCUGCGCCUCCCACGCCACCGACUCCGAUGGAGGACGUGGCUACAUUGCCGCUGACGAGCGGCUCAGUCUUACAUCCUUCGCCGACGAGGGUUGCCCCACCUCGACCGACCGCGAGGCCGCCCCAACCUCCCGCUCCCAGCUACGAGAACGCUCCUGCCAUGGCUUUCAGUCGUGAGCCUCCACGUCCGGAUCAGCCCAAACCAGAGGCGGCUCUACGGCGUCGAGAGGAAGCUCUCAGAGCGAAAGAACUCUCGAAGAGCCUCGAGCCUCUCAGGAGUGAGGAAGUUCAAGGAGGACGCUUACCAUCGAGAAGUCUCAACGCAUCGUCGGGUUCAUUGAAACCAGCACCCCUAGAAACGGCAAUGUAGAGUAUGUACAGUGAGAGAGAGAAUUUUCACGCUCGUCUAGAAGAUUUCCAAUUUGAAAGUGGUCAGGUUGCCGGAGCUGAACUGCCAAAAAUACUUCGAUGAUCGACGAGGGGGACGAGGACUACUACGAAAACCUGCCUGAAAGAAGUGUACAUAAGAAAUUCUAGAUAUACUCAGAGCCGACAAUGCUGAGCAAUGAUCCAUAGCUAGCUAUGUAGAUUACGAAUGUCGAAAUGAGCACCCACUCACUGUCCUGAAGGGAAUCCGAGUCGUAGAGACAGUACUAUGGGGUGCUCGGAGAGCUGGAAGGCUCGGACGGAUGGGAGAACUCCAGAGAGGGAUUCUCGGAGUUAUUCCCUUCUCUCGCAGAAAGAAUAGUAUACGAUUGUAAGUUUUUUUCAUCUCUCGAUUCAUCUCUUCACUCUCAAGCCUAGUCAAAUCAGAUCUGUUUAUUCGAUCUGACCGGA